GCAUGCCCCACUACCGCCCGAGCGUUGAGCCGCCGCCCUCAGCCAAUGCUUUUGUUAGCCCAAACCACUAGGACUGGCCCCCCAAGCACACACGUCACAUCUGCCAACCAACUUCCGCGCGACGCUCGCGUCUGUCGCACGUCCUUCACCGUUCCCCUCUGCGCGCACCGCCGCAUUUUGUCGCGCGCCAUCCGUCGGCGCAUAUAAACGCGCAUAAUCCCCAUUUCUGGAUCGCGAACAUCGACCGCCUCACAGCCGCGCCAUGGACUCACCACCGCCUUCCGCGCGACCCUGGACGCCGCCCGAGACCGAGGCCUAUGGGAGCCCCGAGUCGGCCUACUUCUCCGACCCCUUCAGAAACCGCACCUCGAGCAGCGCAUCCGAUGUGGAGCACUGCUGGCCGCUGUUGGAGCCUCGGCCAGGCACCCCUGGCAGGAAGAGCAAACGCUGCGAUACACCACACGAGCCGCUCAGCGUAUCCAGGCCGAAGCCACACCAUACUGUCACCGGACCGGCACCAUACACACCCACGAAGACCUCCAGCCUGCUCGAUCACCACGCGCCCGGCGCGUUGCGCUAUCCGUACACACCCGAGAGCUCGCGCAUAUUGCGCGCAAGCACGGUUGGUUCACUGUCGCCCGUACCGUGGGAUGGUGGCUCCCACUACUCCGCUUCGCCCGUGCAAUCUGCGCUGUCCUCAUGCAUCGCGCACUUCGAACACCUCACUGCGACGCGCGAGCUCACAGACGACCAGAUGGAGUACGUCGUUGGACAGUUCGAGAACAUGACCUCGUACCUCGCAGCGCCAGAUGCGCAGACGAAGACGGGCACGGAUGACCUAUUCUCUGGGCCAGACUCACCGCGCCCUAUAAGUCCCAAGCCGAAGGCGCAAGCUACAGAAGAGGACAGCAGCUAUAUGGCCGAGGUUGCAAAGUACAUCGAGGGGGUCCAGAUCUACACGGCCGACUUGAAGAGGCGAUUCGACGAGACUAAGGCACUGAACGAGAUCCAGCUCGCCAUCAUCCACGAUUUGAGGAGAGAUAUGAGCGCGAUGCAGCAGAACAUGCAAGGCUCGCUCGAGUCAAGUCCUCCAAAGGAGCGGAGAGCAAGUAGUCCGCGACGGAAAGACGUCGACAGUAGUUGGGAGUCGAUCGACACUGCGGUCGACGACGCUGAGAACGAAGAACUAUGCAAGGCUGUUGCGCCCAAAUCAGCUAUGGUCGAGUCCAGCACUCAGACCGACGAGGGUAAGAGAGUCGUCGCCGCCCGCAAGCCCGUCCGACCCGUACAACGGGGGUUCUGGACUGCCAUCUACGAAGCUCUUGACAGCUUCAGCGACGAUCUGCAUGAGCGGUGAUCGCUCGUCCUCUCCAUUCGAAUAUUUUCUUUGUUGUCUACCUCCUUCUCAUUCCUUGGAUAUUCCAAUUUCACUAGGGAACAGCCUCCCACGGCUUAGGAGGGCGUUCGUUUACAGGAUUCCACACCUACACCGGUCUUGGAUACGAAGCUACGAAUUGCAUAGCGAUGGCGCAUACCAUUUUGUCUUUGCUCGCGCUAUGGAGCGUUUAGAUACCCUGAGUACAUCAGAGACACUUUUCCAAGAGGUCGAUUUCCUUGUAGUCCCCGUAGUCUUUUCUCAAGCCUGCUUGCUUCUCUUGCCGCGCUUAUCUUUGAUUAAAUUCGUUUGUAAUUUUCAGUAUAUUUCUUGAU